UUCCAUCUUUUAUAGCCUAUUCGUGCACUAAAGAGCUAAAGUAUUCUUUAAAAAUGUGUUCCAAUCUGUCUGCCAGAUGAACCAAAAUUUGAAUAUAUAUUGCCGCUAUACUAUAAACAGUAGGCCUAUAAAUAGUAUAAACAAUGAUCAGAUAAAUGACAGCAAUGUUACAAAAUGUAACAUCGCAUGCAAUACUCUACAGCUAAGCAUAAUCUUGUCUAAAGUCUAUUUGAACGAAGCAUGUGAAUUAUUAACCGCUUUAACCAAGCCUAGAGUUCAAUGGCGCCUGAGAACAAAGACGGGCUGUUGAGCGAGGCCAUAAUCUGUGUUGGCCAUUUCCUCAAAAAUAGGAAAAUGUGAACUUCAUGUCAGCGUCACACAAUGAGAAGCAUAAGAACAAACAGGGACUACCAAGAGCACAUCCGGGCGCUACGUGACCAAACAUUAAGCGCUAUGGGUGUUUUUAAAGAACUUGGCGUUAAAGAUCCAGAGGACGGCUUGCCUCUUUUGGCGAGAAAUAUUGAGAAAGCAGCAGGUAUAACCGGCAAGACGGAGUCCAGAAAAUUCUUCAUUAGCAGGGAGAGGAACCUGUGGUUGAGUCUGGUGCUGCUCCUGGGCUGCUACUCGGCUGUGCUGCUCCCUGCCUUCCUAGACCAGGAGCAGGUCACGUGGAAUGACGGAAGCUCCCAGAAAAGAGACAUGGUGCUGCUGAACCGGUCGGCCGCGGUGCUGUCCCAGGCCUGCAGGCGGGGCUGGUGCGGGGAGCGUCUGCGGGCGACCGCUCUGUGCCCCAGCCUGCCGGGGGUCCGGGCCUUCCUGCAGGAGGCCCACGCGCCCUGGAGUCACCCCCCGCCCCUGGGCCUGCAGGGGAGCGAGGACCGGGCGGAGCGGGCCCUCAGGGCGCUGCCCCGGACCGGCCCGCCCCCGGGGCUGGAGGGCCGGGCCUGUAGCCGCUGCGUGGUGGUGGGGAGCGGGGGCGUUCUGCACGCCAGGGGCCUGGGGGCCCACAUCGAUAAGUAUGACAUCAUCAUCAGGUUGAACAACGCACCCGUGUUUGGGUUUGAGAGAGACGCUGGGUCCAGGACGACCAUCCGUCUGAUGUACCCUGAGGCAGCCCCACGCUCUUAUAGAGAGUACCGGAACACGUCCCUGGUGGUGCUGGUGGUGUUCAAGGGGUUAGACCUGGACUGGCUGGCCUCUGUCGUGUCCAAGGAACGUCUGGACUGGUGGUCGAAGCUCUGGUUCUGGCGGAAGGUGGUGGAGUCCAUUCCUCUUCAGCCGGAAAACUUCCGGAUCCUCAACCCGGAGAUCAUCCAGCAGACCGGUCUGGCGUUACAGGCGUAUUCCAAGCAGCCGAGACAGACCAUGCCCACGCUGGGCGCCAGCGCGGUCGUCAUGGCGCUGCAGCUGUGCGAUGAGGUCAGCCUGGCGGGGUUUGGGUAUGACCUCGCCCACCCGGACGCCCCGCUGCACUACUACGAGUCCCUGCACAUGGACGCCAUGCGCUCUCAGGUGGUGCACGACGUCGGCGUGGAGAAGCUCUUCCUCAGGGAGCUGGUGACGGCCCAGGUCGUGACCGACCUAACGGGGGCGCUGUGACCGGCCAAGCGCCCUGACCCGCCCUGCUGACUGACCCUGGAUCAGUUCAUCCUUACCCACCCUGCUCUGACUGUCCCUGGAUCAGUCCACCCUUAUCCACCCUGCCCUGCUCUGACUGACCCUGGAUCAGUUCACCAUUACCCGCCUUGCUCUGACUUACCCUGGAUCAUCCAUCCUUACCCGCCCUGCUCGGACUGACCCUGGAUCAGUUCACCUGCACUGGCAGGUGGCUUGGGUCUGAGGGAUGAGGCAAUAGCAGCAGGAUGUUCACUGUGACACAUUGGGGGGAUGUUGGGGGCAGUUAACCAAAGACAUAUCACCAAUCAGUGAAAUCCACAACCAAGGACCACGCCUGGCCCAACCGCACACAGUCUUAAUGAAAUGAUUGGAUUAUGACUAUUGAUUAGCCUUUUAAUGUAAAUACAUCUUUGUGCAGCUAUGCCGAUUUAAACUCAGUGUCAGGAGGUGCUUCAGAAGGCAGUAAUUGAUCCAUUUUUUCAGUGCAUGUAAUUUAUAUAAAGUACAUCCAUAGAAGUUUACACAAAUGCAAAACAGUCUAGAAUAAUUACGGACAAGUUAUAAACAUUGUUAUAAAUAAUCCUUCUUUAAGCUUUAGACAUUUUGUAUUGAGUUAAAUACAUUAAGUUAAGUACUUACAUUUUCCAUGUUAAAUAUUAGCAUAAUUAGAGAAUACAAACAACUUAAAGAUGAAAACUAAGAACAUAUUGUAUUUGGUGUUGUUUGUCUACAAGGCAGAUUGAGAUAAGUGUAGGACUAGAACAUAUUGUGGCAUAUUGUACGAUACAGAUUUCCUUGUAAAGUGUAAGAACAUUAUUAUUAUAAUAUUAUAAUAAACCGUAACCAGAAAUCAUCA